AUGAACUCGGACUUUGUUGACUCUUCAAAGCGCCAAAAUUUCAAUCCCUCGGAUAGACGAAAGCUCAACGAUUUAAAUCUCAUCCGAAACGACCCUAUAAAUCCGCGUAAAGCGCUUGAUUUCAAACCCAGUCCUUAUGGGGACAUUCAAACGAAUCGCAACCAAAACCGCUACUCCGCGCCGUCGCUAAACAACCCCCGCGCACGCUACUCGACCGAGUAUGACCACCGCUUCUCGACCGAGAUCCCAGUGAACGCAGCCCACCCGCAAAAUGACUCGGCCUAUAAGUUGGAACGUAUCCGCCAGAACAUCGGCGGCUCGAACGGAGCGGCUCUCAACCGUUAUUCUCAAGGAUCAACAGAUGCUCUUGGCUCCCCGAAAACAGAUAAGCAGAAGGAAAAUGCGAGGAAUGUUGUCACUCGAGCUGUUUCGCAGAAAAUGCUCAGUGAAAACAGUGGCUCGCAGCCCAAUCUUCAUCUCUUUGAGCAAGAAAGCCAACUUCAACGCUCGCCCGGAGUAAACGACCGAAACUCGGGCGUCUUCUAUGGUCAUCCAGUUGCCGGCACAUCCGGAAUGACUGCUGCCCGGAGUCAUCAAAAUCUGGCGCACAUUGGCGGAUUCGCCCAGCCAACAAUUUAUUCACCAAACGAUCGACGAUCUUCGCAGCCUGGCUCGCCUAUGUCACCCGUGUCGCCUAUUUUACCAGUGAACCAUUUUACCGGUGGUGCUCCGCAUCCAGCCUUUAAUGGUGUCCCUAUCACCCCAUAUGGCCUUAAUUCGCCCGACAGUGCCUCUAUCAGUUCCGAUUCUCCCUCUCAGGACCAGCCACGAGUUCCCACAAUCAACAACCCUUACCAGCAAAAUCGAGCUCAUCUUCCCCCAAACUACGUCCAAAAGCAGCCCGCUACGAGCAAACCCCCACCUUACAGCCAGCACAUGGCCUCGAACUAUCAGUCAACGAAUGGAUCAAACGGUUCCACUUUCACUCUUCCCCAAAAACUCGUCCCGCCAAAUGUCAAGAUGCGUCCAAAACCGAGCAACAUGGGCGUCAAAAUGAACAAUCGUGUUUCAUGCCCCGUGCCGCCUCCUCAGUACUGCAACUGGACCAGUCAAUCACCAGGUCAAUCAUUUUAUGAAAAACGUCCCGAACGUGCCUUGAGUGGAAUGGACUUCUGCCCUCGAACGUCAGAUCCCUUUAUGGACAUCGAUAAUAUCUCUCGACCUACUAGCGGCUACGACUCUGAUUAUAGAGUCGGUUCGCAGACAAGCUCAGAAUGUGCGUCAGAUCUUCAAUCGGGAAUUGGCAUAAAUCAAGACUGGGCGGAUGAGAGUUCUACUGUGUUCAAUAUGAAUCAUGUCAAGGGUCCACCUGCUUAUCUUGCGAUGGAGACACGAUCUGAUUAUGCGAGCUCUGAAAACUCAUCCUAUCUCGGUAUGGACGACAAGAAGUACAGCCCCCACCAAAACGGUUUCAACAACGAUUCCGUCGUCACCAUCCGACAAGCACCCGGUGCUCAUUCUCACUUCCAACCUCCCACUGGAACCAACGAUGUGACAAUGAGAUCGCCCACGACGAGUCCAAAUCAAUCAACGGAUUACGCAAUUAGGCAACACGCCGAGGAGAAGAAGAAGAAGUCCAAGGGUGGAAUCUUUUCCUUGUUCCGGAAGGACUCUGAAAGCUCCAAGACAACUCAGAAUACAACUCCAAGUAUCACUGAAAAGAUCACUUCUUCCAUGGCCACAGCCACUCUUGAUGAAAAGGACAAAAACAAGCCAAGGAAAAGAGUGUUCAAAACGAUCCGCGAGGUACCCCCACGAGCUUUCAAAUUCUACAUGGAGCAGCGGAUCGACAACUUGAUGAAAGCGGCAAACGAGCGUAUCGAAAGAAAACGCGGACUUGAAGCCGAAAUGUGUGGCCAAAUCAACAGUAUGACAGAGCGUGAUCGAGAUGUGAUGCGACAAAUGCUGCGCAAAAAGGAGACUCAACACUUGAGGCUCACGCGCCGAAAGAUGAAUAUAGACCAGUUUAUUACUGUAAAACAGCUUGGAAAGGGCGCAUUUGGUACAGUAUCACUGGUCCGCAAAAAGGAUUCAGGCGCAUAUUAUGCGUUGAAAAUGCUGAAUAAAAAAGAGGUCGUUCAACGAAAGCAAAUUGCCCAUGUCAAGGCCGAGCGUGAUAUCUUGAAGGAAGCGGAUAACGAUUGGAUUGUCAAGCUUUACUACAGUUUCCAAGACGAGGAGCACCUUUACUUCGCAUUAGAAUACAUUCCCGGCGGUGAUUUGAUGGCCCUUCUCAUUCGAAAACAUAUUUUCAAAAAACCCCUUUCCCAAUUCUACACGGCUGAGUUAGUGCAAGCCGUCGCCUCGGUGCACGAGAUGGGUUUUAUCCACCGUGAUAUAAAACCAGACAAUGUGUUGAUCGGGCGCGACGGGCACAUCAAGCUCACCGAUUUCGGACUCUGCACGGGCUUCCGAUGGACCCAUGACUCUGACUUCUACAAACCAGGCUCGCAGACGACGAAUAGGCUCUACGAUAGAAAAAACAUGCUUCACAGGAGGAAACAAGCUUGCUCGGUGGUCGGAACCCCCAAUUACAUUGCUCCAGAGGUUUUAAGGGCGAAUGGAGCGCCCGGACAAGGUUACACAAAAUCCUGCGAUUGGUGGUCAGUUGGAGUGAUCUUAUUCGAGAUGAUCAUCGGACAGCCGCCCUUUGCCGCACAAACUCCUCUCCAAACGCAAGAGAUGAUCUUGGCGCAUACCCAUACAUUCCAAAUCCCACACACUUGUCCCUGUCCACGGGCGCGCGCCCUUAUGCAAUCUUGGAUCGUUGGAGAGGAAAAUAGGCUCUCGGACCCGAUGCUGAUCCGGAAUCACCCCUUCUUCGCCGAAAUCAACUGGCAAACGCUUCGCUUUAUGAAGCCACCCUUUAUACCAACAAUCACGGGGAUGGAAGACACAAGCAAUUUUGAUCCAGUUGAGCCCGACAUGAGCCCAUCUCCGCCUGAGAAUGAAGCAGACCCGAAUCACACGCUACAUCAAGCUGCGUUUGUUGAAUUCACAUUCAGGCGUUUCUUCGACCAAGAUGGCAUUCCGCGAACACAGCAGCAGACCCAAAGCCGGCCCGUUCCUCGCCGUCAAUCAGCGGCCCAUCCUCCUCCACCAGGAUCCAAUUCGAACCACCCCCACGGCCCUGUCCGCGGCUGGCCCUAG